AUGGUUGUCUCCAUGUUCCCGGGCUCGUCUUGGACGGCCCGGUUUCUUUACACGGCCGUGUUCUCUCUGUGGUUGUCGCAGGGUCAUGGGCUCGACAUUUCUUAUUGCUCCUCGGAGAACAACGCAGGCAGCUAUCCCAGCUUUUAUAGCGAAUUUCAGUCAAAUGGGUUAUGUCAGACCCACUGUCAAGGCUCUUACGCAUUCGCGGUCCUCCAAGGCUACUAUUGCUGGUGCUCUAACUACAUUCCCACACAGCAGGAGAGCACAUACAACUGCAACCAAGUGUGUCCCGGCUUCGGCUCUGAAUGGUGUGGAUCCACCAGUGAUGGCCUCUAUGGAUAUUACCUGUUGAGCGCCGGAGUCCCUUUGGGAACCUCGGGUUCUGGUUCAAGUACAGCAUCAUCAACAUCCUCAACACCGUCUCAAUCUACAUCCCCACCGGUUAGUAUUGAAACCUCCACCUUCGCAUCCUCCUUCCUAUUGGAUACUGGGUCAGCCACAUCCUCUCGUUCCUCCUCUACCUGGCCAGUGUCUCCUUCUUCUUCAGUGGUAACACCUGGACCCUCUCAGAGCUCUUCCGAGGCUAGCAUUGUGACUUGGUCAACGGACACUUCGUCGACCUCAACAAGCUCCCUUCCAACUUCAAUACCUCCGCCCUCCCCGACAAUUCUCCCGCCUUCGUCGUCUACUCCCGCCCCCACGGAGGUAUACACGAGUGUAACCACGGUGACAGGCGAAGUCCGUACCGUGGUCGUGACACCAUCUCCCAAGGCUUCAACGGACGCCACCUUAGGGCAAAGCUCUACCGGUGAAGGCGGCGGCGUCAGCACUGGCAAAGUCGUCGGGAUCGUGCUGGGCGUUGCACUCGGCAUCGGCAUCUUGAUUGGAAUUGCGGUUUACCUUUGGUUCCGUCGGCGGCAUAAUAGAGUGCAGGAGCAAGCCCAACCAGAAGCGGCUUUCGUCCCUCGAACUGGAGACAGCUCCCCUCCCAACAUUGUCCCGUCUCGGCAAGUCAGUCAAAUGUCGACGGCUGGAUUACUUGGUUCUAAAGUUCCGCGGAUCAAUACGUCCAUGGGGAUCUUAGGCGGUGACUUACGGAGUGCUGAUCCAGUCAUUCCGUCGGCCACCGCGUCCGAUCGCCGGAGUUUGGGCACGGAUCAAAGACUGAAUCCGUAUGCUUUGUACAUGAGUGAGCAGGGUCGCGUUAGCAACGUGUCCCUCCAAGACAACCAGGACUAUUCGAGGCAACUUCGCGUGGCCAACCCAGAUUAA